AUGAAGACGAAACCAAUUCCCCAGCACAAUGGCACAGAGGCAACCGAGUUUAUUCUCCUGGGACUCACCAGCCGACCAGAACUGCAGCCUCUUCUUUUUGUGAUAUUUCUCAUGAUUUACCUCAUCACCCUGACAGGGAACUUUGGGAUGAUAUUCUUAAUCAGAUUUACACCUCGGCUGCAAACUCCCAUGUACUUCUUCCUCACUCAUUUAGCAUGCGUGGAUAUUUUUUAUUCCACAAAUAUCUCUCCCCAGAUGCUUAUCAACUUCUUGUCUGAGAAGAAAACCAUUUCCUACAUCGGGUGCCUGACCCAGUGUUUCGUUUUUGUGACUCUGCUCCUUACUGAGUAUUACAUGCUGGGCGCCAUGGCCUAUGACAGGUACAUGGCAAUCUGCAAUCCCCUGCAUUACACCAGCAGAAUGUCCAAGCCCCUUUGCAUCUGCCUGGUCACAUUCCCCUAUAUCUGGGGCUCUAUGGUGGGUACGAUGCAGGUGAUCCUGACCUCUCGCUUGUCCUUUUGUGGCCCCAACACCAUCAACCAUUUCUAUUGUGCUGACCCACCCCUCCUAAUGCUCACCUGUUCUGACACUUACAUAAAGCAAACUGCCCUCUUUGUGUCUGCAGGGAUUAACCUCACUGGUUCCCUGCUCAUCAUCCUCAUCUCUUAUGUCUUUAUUUUUAUUGCCAUCAUGAAGAUCCGAUCCACUGAAGGGCAACGGAAAGCCUUCUCCACCUGUGGCUCCCACCUGACCGCUGUCACCAUGUUCUAUGGGUCCCUCUUUUGCAUGUAUCUGAGGCCCGCCAAUGAGAAGUCAGUUGAGCAAGGGAAAAUCAUAUCUGUAUUCUGUAUUUUUGUGAGUCCCUUCCUGAAUCCCUUUAUCUAUAGCUUGAGGAACAAGGAUGUGAAACAAGCCUUAAGACAAGUAUUUCUGAGAAAAUUUAGUACAAAGGAGAAAGGUUCUGUUACAACAAUCUUUAAAUGA